UACUGAAUCAAUUUCUAGAGAUGAAGAGGAUUUGAAGCCAUUCCUUUCUAUGCAGAGAAAUCAUUGUUCUUAAAGUGUAUCAGCAUCACUUUGUUGAUCCAAAUGAGCAAGUCUCUGGUUUUAGGCUUUUACAUCACCAUAUGCUGCAUCUCUUUUGUCAUUUCCAAAAUCAUCAUCUCAGUUCUCCUCUACAGAAGAUGGAAAAGAAAGCACAUGAUUUAUGAAGAAGCUUAUCCAGGUGGAAGGAUGGUGAUAUUUAGGUGUUCAGUGCUUCAAUCAAUGACGUCUGAUAUGGUUUUAAAGAAGACACUGAAACUGAGCAACGAGGACAUUAUUGGAUCUGGUGGGUAUGGGACAGUUUAUAAACUGCAAAUAGAUGACACCAAAGCCUUUGCAGUGAAAAGGCUCAGCAAAGGAACUGCAGAUAGAGAGAGAGGCUUUGAGAGAGAGCUGGAAGCAAUGGCAGAUAUAAAACACCGCAAUAUUGUGACUCUUCAUGGUUACUAUACUGCCCCUCAUUACAACCUUCUCAUAUAUGAGCUCAUGUCUAAUGGAAGCUUAGAUUCCUUUCUACAUGGACGAUCAAAGAACAAGUUGUUUUUGGAUUGGCCAACAAGGUACAGAAUAGCCCUAGGUGCUGCUAGGGGAAUAUCAUAUCUUCACCAUGAUUGUAUCCCUCACAUUAUCCACAGAGAUAUCAAAUCAAGUAAUAUAUUGCUGGAUCACAACAUGGAGGCUCGAGUUUCUGAUUUCGGGUUGGCCACCUUAAUGGAACCCAACAAAACUCAUGUUACAACCGUUGUGGCCGGAACUUUUGGAUACUUAGCGCCUGAAUACUUUGAUACGGGAAGAGCAACUGUAAAAGGGGAUGUCUACAGCUUUGGAGUUGUGUUAUUGGAGCUUUUAACUGGGAAAAGACCCAAUGAUGAAGCAUUCAUAGAGGAAGGAAGCAAGCUUGUCACAUGGGUGAAGGCUGUAGUUCAAGAGCGGAAGAAGGAGCUAGUUCUCGACAACACCUUGGGAUCCUGUCCCAUCCAAGAGGUUGACAAUGUGUUCAACGUUGCAAUGAUGUGUCUUGAACCAGAUCCUCUCAAGAGGCCAACCAUGGCUGAGGUUGUCACCUUCCUGGAGCAAACAAACCCCACACAAACUUGAUAAAGCUUCCUCCUGAUAGGGAUAUUCUGAAAAUUCAAGUGAGAAUUUGUUCUGUAACUAUAGGAACUUUAGACUUGGAAAUGAUUCACAGUGACAUGAUGACAAUUGAGCAUGGCAAAUGGCUUAUAUGGUAGGAGUAGGACAAAAUGGAUGUAGCUCUU